GUCGGAUCCGAAGCCAUGUGCCGGAGGAGCGUCGUCUGCCCUUGUUUGUGUAACUUCGUGUCGAGUUAAACAACCAUGGCUGCGGUGGCCUCUUCCCUCUUUUCAUCUCUUUUACAGAGCCAGGCAAGGAGUAUACGACUUCUUCAUGUUUGUCGCACCUUAGCAGCUGUUGACAAGGGCAGCUUGGCUAAGCUCCGAAAGAAGACUGGAUUUUCCAUGUUGAAUUGCAAAAAGGCAUUGGAGAUGCAUGAAAAUGAUCUUGCAAAGGCAGAGUCAUGGCUCCAGGCAGAAGCUCAAGCACAAGGUUGGGCAAAAGCAACAAAGCUGGCAGGCCGCACAACAGCACAGGGUCUCAUUGGAAUUCACAUAGAGGACAAUGUAGGAGCCAUGGUGGAAAUAAACUGUGAAACAGACUUUGUUGCAAGGAAUGAAAAAUUCAAGGCACUUGUGUCCCAAGUAGCAAAGGAGUGUGCAUCUGGUGCAACUCCUCUCUUAGAACAUGGAUUAAAGAAGGAAAUGAUGUCACAGGAACAGAUGAAGGACAUCCCAACAAGUGAAGGGAAAAAACUUGGAGAUCUUGUUGCUCUGGCCAUUGGCAGUGUUGGUGAGAAUAUGAGCUUAGCACGUGGCACUCGGCUGGUGGGUGGGCCUGGGGUGCAACUCAUAGGAUACAGCCAUCCUAGUACACUAGAUGAUGACAUGCUUGUAGGAAAAUUUGGAGCCAUCUUAGCUCUCAGGUCAUCUGGAGAACUGACUGAAGCUGCACGGCAGCUGUGUGUUCAUAUUGUUGGUAUGAAUCCAAAGGAAGUGGGCAAACUCUCAGACCCAAAAGCUCCCAACGCUGAUGAUGAAACCUUGUUAGUGCACCAAGAGUUCCUUAGUGAUCCAUCCAAAACUGUCAGUGAGGUGAUCCAAGAGGAACACUUAGAGAUUGUUGACUUUGUGCGCUUUCAGUGUGGAGAAUUAAACAAGGCAGAGGAAUAAGUGGGAUUAAAUAAAGCAUGCCUUUCUUUAUGGUGGAUAAUAGCAGGAGAGCAGACAUAUUGUACAGUUUUGCUGUGACUGCAUCUCAAAUAAAUUAGAUGUAUAAGAGUAUCAGCACUGUUUGACAUAAUUUUGAUUAUUUUUCUUUAAUCAAACACAAACCUGAUUCCAAAAUGUUUGUUGGCUCAUAUUAUACUAUGUUGAAUGUUAACUAUUUAACAUGUUUUUGUAAAAUUUUCCAUGUAUAUGAAGAAUGUAUGUAUUGUACAGUGAACAAGAGACUUCUAGAAAAAAAAUUGUAUAUAAGACAAUUGUUAUUCAAGAAAACAAAUAUGAUAUUAAAUGAAAAUGGUGAU